AUUAGUUCCAACGCUUGUUUAGUAUUGCCACAGCGUCGAGGCGAGAAUACCAUAUGGGUUUCAAAGCGCGCAAAGAGCAAAAUAAUUGAAAAUAAUAUAACAAAAAACAAUGUAGUUAGUUGUGUGAGAAAGCCGUAAUCACGUUUGAGCCAGGUAUUAGUCAUCCAGUGAAAAAGACAAUACGUAGUACCACAUCAUGACGGAGUUUUACGGAAUACAAAUGCAAAAGAAUCUAAACUGUCGCCUACCGAAGACUAUCGAUAGCCGACAAGAGAUCUUUGGCAAUAGUGAUGCACGCGAAAGACAUAGAAAAUUAGACUUAUUCCGGGAUAUGAUCGGCGCCAGUGUUAAUUUGGCAUUACGCGAUAAGUCCUGCUGUAUGGAUAUAAAUUUCCUAAAUCGCUUCCUUUACGCAAGAAAAUUCGACUGUGAAGCUGCAUUAGACUUACUUAUUAAAUAUUUACUGUUUAAGGAAAACAAUAAGCACAUUUUACAAAAGCUCAGUAUUUUUGAUGAGAAUAUACAAACAUCCUUAAGGGAUGGUAAUCCCUCCGUUUUGAAGCAACGCGAUCGUAAAGGACGUAAAGUGCUAACAUUUGCUGCUGCUAAUUGGGAUACAAGCAAAUAUAGUAUGGAGGAUGUAUUCCGAGCCUUGUUGCUGUCAUUGGACAAGCUACUGGAAAAUGUAGAGAAUCAAGCAUUGGGAUUUGUAGUUAUAGUCGAUUGGACAAAUUUCACUUAUAAGCAAUCAAAGUGUCUAUCAGCAAAAACACUUCGAACAAUGAUUGAGUGUCUGCAGGAUUGUAUACCAGCAAAAUUCAAGGGUAUACAUUUUAUAGGUCAGCCCUGGUAUGUCGAUGUCCUUCUUAAAGUAAUAAAACCGUUCUUAAAUGAAAAAAUACAGAGACGGCUCCUGGUACACGGCACAAAUUUGACAACCUUACAUACCAUGGUCAGUAAAGAUAUUUUACCACCCGAUUUGGGUGGUGAAGGACCAGCUAUAAACACAUUGGACUGGUAUCAUUACCUAUUGGAAUCAAGCCAAAAUUGUGAAUUAAGAAAGUCUUAUAGACUUAUUGAGGCGACUGUAUACUCAAGGACUACGGAUUGGGCUAAUCCAGCUGGUGGAGUAAUUGGCGCAAAAGAACUCGAAUCGAAUGGAACCUUAGUUAAUAAUAUCAAGCAAAUCUCAUGACAUUGUAGACUUUUAGUUUUUAUAAUAAAUCUCUUUAAUAUUGCACCUCA